UUAUAUUUUAUCAGAUCGUAAUCCAUCGCCAUUGCGAUUGCGGAAUCUUCCCUUUUCUUCUCACUCGCAUCCUUGCCUUUCUUAAAACUAUAAUCACAUUAUAAAUCCAUCUCUCCUUGUCUUCCUACGUUAUCGCCAAUUGAUUACCCUCCUUCUGGUUCCACUCUGCUCCUGCCUCGACGUUCCAUACCCCCCCGCCGACACCCCGCGCUCCUCGCCCAUCGCCAAAAUGGCAAGUGUACAUGAAAUCCCAGAUGAGGGUGCUUUCGCCUCCACCAUAUCUUCGAUCCCACAAUCAACACUCGCAGUCAUCUACUUCCACGCACCAUGGGCCGCUCCGUGCAAACAAAUGUCAACAGUCCUUUCUGCACUCGCCAGCACCUAUUCCACAGAUGCUCCCAUCGCCUUCCUCUCCCUCAAUGCUGAAGAGCUCCCAGAAAUCUCGGAGCAAUAUGACGUUACAGCAGUUCCCUACAUAGUCCUCCAGAAAGAUGGAAGCGUACAGGAGACGGUCUCGGGUUCAGACGCAGCGAAAGUCCGAGCGGCAGUUGAGCGAUAUGCAGGAGCCGGCAAUAAAUCCAGUCUACCACCAGCGCAAACCGUUACGAAGCCAGCCCAGCAAGCUGCUAUGAAUGGCGCGGCAAAUGGCUCAGGAUCCCUUGCGCCCACAGCCGGCGAUUCCAGCACCGCACCCGAGGCCGGCGAGACCAGCCAAGAGGAGCUGUUCAAGAGGCUCGGGGAACUCGUCAAGGCGGCACCAGUCAUGCUUUUCAUGAAGGGAACGCCUAGCCAGCCACAAUGCGGAUUCAGCAGGAAGACAGUUGGACUACUUCGAGAAAAGGGAAUUCGAUAUGGUUUCUUCAACAUCUUGGCCGACGACGAGGUGAGACAGGGUCUCAAGGAAUUUGCGGAGUGGCCCACUUUCCCCCAAGUCUGGGUCAAUGGCGAACUCGUUGGCGGAUUAGAUAUUGUCACUGAGGAGUUUGAGAAUGACCCAGACUUCUUGCGUGAAUAUUCUGUUAAUGGCCAGGCUGCUGCUGCUUAGAUAGCAUGAGAUGCUACGGGACAGAAUUAUAACGGCAGACUUAUAUCUUCUAGAGAGAGACGCUCUGCAUCCGUGGAUCUUGAGCAAAAGCCGGAUGGCUGGGCUUUCGGGAGUUAUGUCUGGGAAUACCAAUGAGCCAUGAAUACAAAUCUUUCUUCUAUAUCGACGUAUCAAAGAAGUUACGACAGCUAUGACGGCGACAGGAUUUCCAACCUCAUCAAGUCGCCGAUUAUAUGAUACAAAAAUCUUUGACCUAUGUAGGACAAUAAUUAAAUAACGAUGAUAUUCUCC